CUUUAACCUUAUGCUGUUCAUCAUCCCUCUUCCAUUUUUAUAGCCUCUUUUUCCCUCUUGUGUUGCGGAGUGGCUCCUUCAAUUUCUUUCAUUGAGGGAACCUCCGUUCACUCCUUCUUUCUUUCAUUCAUUCAUUUCUUGUACCAAUUAGUAUAGAAUUUUUUAUUUUUUUUUUAUAUUUCUUAUUAGAAAUUCUUUUUGAACGUUUAGAAGAAGAAGAAUGAGUUGCUUUCCUUGUUUUAAUUCUCAAAGGAGUAAGAAAAGCAACAGCAAGAGGGAACAUGGGGUUGCGCCGCCGCCGGAAAACAACACCCUUAUAACAAGAACACCAGAUAUAAAGAAACCAAAACCAGAAGAAACAAACCAAGUUGACACAUCAAAUAUUCAAGCACAGAAUUUCACAUUUCGCGAGUUGGCGAUUGCGACCAAGAAUUUCAGGCAAGAGUGUUUGAUGGGGGAAGGUGGAUUUGGCAGAGUUUACAAAGGAACAAUUCCUGCAACAGGACAGGUGGUAGCAGUGAAACAACUUGACAGAAAUGGGAGUCAAGGAAGUAAAGAAUUUUUGGUUGAGGUUUUGAUGUUGAGUCUCUUAAACCAUGAAAAUUUGGUUAAACUCAUUGGUUAUUGCGCUGAUGGCGAUCAACGUCUUUUGGUGUAUGAGUUCAUGUCAGGAGGUUCUCUAGAAAGUUGUCUUCUAGAGAGAAAACCCGAACAACCUCAAUUAGAUUGGUAUAGCAGAAUGAAAAUAGCAUCAAAUACUGCGAAAGGACUAUGGUACUUGCACGACAAGGCAAAUCCCUCGGUUAUUUAUAGGGACUUGAAAUCUUCCAACAUUUUGCUUGAUAAUGACCAUAAUGCAAAACUAUCUGAUUACGGACUAGCGAAACUUGCUGGUAAAGAUAAGAUGAACAUUGUUCCUACAAGAGUAAUGGGCACUUAUGGUUAUAGUGCGCCCGAGUAUGUAAGAACGGGUAAUCUCACCUUGAAAUCAGAUGUGUAUAGCUUUGGAGUUGUUUUGCUAGAACUCAUAACAGGAAGACGGGCCGUUGACACCACAAAAUCGCACGAUGAGCAAAAUCUAGUUUCAUGGGCACAACCGAUAUUUAGAGAUCCAAAAAAGUAUGGAGAUUUGGCAGAUCCAAAGCUGAAAUAUUAUCCCGACAAGGAUCUGAAUCAGGUUGUUGCAAUUGCAGCCAUGUGCUUACAGGAGGAAGCCGCUGCGCGUCCUUUGAUGAGUGAUGUUGUAACUGCUUUGAGUUUUCUUUCAACUUCUCCUCCUCCUGAAGGUGUUCCUGAACCUCCUCCACCUCCCAAAUCCGCCUCCCAAAAGAGUGUUGCCACUGCCAGUGAAAGCGAGAGUGAGAGCGAGAGCGAGAGCGAGAGCGAGAACGAAGGCAAUAAGAAUAAACAGCCUAUUACAGCAGAUAGUGCGAAAUACGAAGAAUGUGAAGAUGGAUCAGACAAUGAAUGUGACUAUUAUGAGAAUGAAAACCAUGAUUAUAGUCCACAAGAUACUAAAAAAAUAAAGGAGUUUUACUCUCAAUCAAGCCGCAAAAGCAGCACCAAAUCAAAGAACUCGAGUUCAGGAUCAGAAAGUGGUCGCAAAAGCAGUAGGAGAAAGCAAGGCGUGGAUGGAAGUUUAUCUCAGAAAAGCAGCAAAAAAUCGGCUGCAGGAGAUUUAAGCCAGAAGAGCAGUAUGAAAUCUCGCGCAAAGGAUUUAAGCCAAAAGAGCAGUAAAAAAUCUUCAAAGGUUAAAAAUCACUCGUCUGAUAGCAGCAGCGACUCGGACUCACAGGAUGAAAGUGUUCUUUUAAAGCAUGGUGACAGUAGGAAAUCACAAGAUGGAAAUGGAUAUUCUUUUGGGCUAAUAAGCAGUGAUAGCGGGGAAGGAUCACACAUAGACGUUCAUCAUUUUAAUCGUGUCAGCAUGGGGCCAUCUGAGGACGGAAGUUCUCACCAUUUCGACCAUUCCAGCAGCGGAGGAUCAGAGGAGGGAAGCGUUCAUUCACCACGAUAGCUUGCAAUUGAACAGGCAUUCAUACAUGCACGCUGCGCUUUGACACGUUGUUUUGUAUAUUUCUGUCAAAGUCUUCUUGUUGUUGUUGUUUAUACAUCGAUCAGUUUGGUUGAGCACGAGACAAGUAUAACAUAACCGUAUCUAUAUCCUCGAAAUAUAAAACUUGAAACUCAACCAUCCACAUAUAUAUAUACACUUCGUUUUGUUUAGUAGACUUCAGCUACAUUCAUGUAUUUUACCUUUAGUUCAAGAACAAGUGUGAAGAUAACCGUGAAUUUCCAUAGGUGAUUGUUUAAAUUAUUGAUAACAGUGACCCUUGUUUGUAUUAUAUAAAUGAUUAUGGCAAUUCUAAUGUUAUUACCUAUUACUGCUGUCACAA